ACAAUCAAAGAGAACGUAAAAAAACAUUGGUAUGGAAUUGAUUUUUACAAUAAUGUGCGACUUGUUUUUACAGUAUCUGCUGAAUCCACUGAAGAUACCAAGGCAAUUAUGAGAAAAUGUAUAUACAAUGCUGGUUUAAUCAAAUCAAUUGGCACACUAAAUCUUCAAUUUAUCACUGAACCGGAAGCUGCUGCAAUUCAUUGUAUAAAUAUGUUAAAAGAUCUUGAAUUAGUAACAGGAGCAAAAUACUUGGUUGUUGAUUGUGGUGGAGGAACUGUGGAUUUAACAAUUAGAAAAUUAUUACCAGAUGGACAAAUAGGAGAAGUGACUGAGCAUUCAGGAGGUUUUUUUGGAGGUACCUAUGUUGAUGAUGAGUUCUUAAAAUUUCUUGAAAGUAGAGUAGGUAAAUCUGCAAUGAACAUGUUAAAGGAGAAAUACUACGGUCAGGUUAAUUAUUUAAUACAUAAAUAUUUUUGUCCUGAUAUUAAAAUUCCAUUCACUGGUGAAAAAUCCCAAUUCAAAACCAUUGAAUUGGACAUUGAGAAAAAAUGUCCAGCACUUAAGCAAUAUGUCACUGGGUCAGAAAGAGAUCAAUUAUCAGAUGAGGAUGAAUGGGUCAUUGAUCUUGAUUUUGAUACUGUGAAAUCAUUUUUUGAUCCAAAUUCAGCGAAUCAAAAUAUCUUCAAUCUAGAAUUAAACAAAGAUUCGGAGAUCGAUUGA